AUGCGUUCAAGUAAAUUAGAAGAAUCUUUUCGUUGCAAUCAAGAACUCCCUUCUAGAAUUUCCAAAAGCAGUGACCUUCUGAAUGAUGCUACUACUGUCUACACAAGAAAAAUAUUCAAAUUAUUUGAAAAUGAGUUUGCAGAUAGUCUGGGAGUGAUGAUGCAUGAAGUUGGAAGUGAUGGUAGAAUACACUCAUUUGAACUUAAUGAAGAAGGUCAUAAAAGACGAUGGACAAAAGAUGCAAAGAAAGGAUUGGAGGCAAGUGAGCAUGGUGAAUUAUUACAAAUAAAGGGUAAAUCAUCGGUCACAUUGCAGCGAAAUACUUUGAUGCGAACAGCUUAUGAUGUAUUGACUAAGGCAUCAGAGAUAGAAAAUACUACUAGAAUUGCUCUGCAAAAAUUGAGAGAGAUAGCAGGAUUGAUUGAAAAAGAAAUGAUAAAGUCAAAGGGAGAAGUUAAUGCAAAAAUUCAUGAUAGUCUUGAUGAUUGUAAUGCAACCACAUUUGAUGAGACGCCAGUACAAAAUCCCUCUUGUGUAAGGCCAAAAGGAAAAAUCAAGCAACCAAGCAAUAUAGGCCCUUCAUGUAACUCAUCCCAUGCACCACUUAGUUCAAAUUUUCUUCAUCCAGAUGGUGUACCCAUGAGUACAAAUAUUAACAAUCAUGUCUAUCCAGCUAUAAGCUUGUUAACUACCAACGGUCAUGCAUAUUUGCCUCCAUCUAACCAAGUAAUCCAAUUUGAUUACAAUUCUACAGGGACAUUAAAUCAAUCUAAUUUUUCUUUCACAAGUAUGCUACAAAGUAGUGAUUUGAUGACACAGCUAAAUCAGCUAUAUGUAAUGCAAAAUUCACAGUCUUAUGGUUAUGAGUAG